CAGUAAGGUUAUAACAGCAACCUAAAAUAUUCCAUGGAAUUUCUCGACAUGGAAGAUCGCAUUUUCUCGUUGCGAGACAAGAAGGGAUGAAGUACAAAGCGCGAUCGGACGCUAAGCAAUUUACAACGCGCAAUUGAGCUCUUACCUUCGAGAAGCGUGCGCGGCCUCUUCGAUAUAUCGCAGGGGCGCGAGUGUGGCUUCCUGCCUCGACACGAGGGAUGUUGCACGGCGCUGUUUCACGGUCGUAGGAUCUCGGCUCGGAGUCGGUGGGACUCAGGUGUCGCGGAGUAACUCAGGAAAGAAGGAGAGAACGAGGAAGACUCAGGGGCCGCGCUUGACGUUUCUUUGACGUUUCUUUGACGUUUCCUUUUCCCGUCACUGGUGCGACCAUGGCGAUGAACGUGCCGUACGAGGCGAUCGGCAAGGGCUUCGUCCAGCAAUAUUACGCGCUCUUCGACGACCCGGCGCAGAGGCCGAACCUCAUAAACAUGUACAACACGGAGACGUCUUUCAUGACGUUCGAAGGCUUGCAGAUACAGGGCGCUAUCAAAAUUAUGGAGAAGUUAACUAGUUUAUCCUUUCAAAAAAUAAAUCGGAUAAUAACAGCAAUUGAUUCGCAACCCAUGUUUGAUGGCGGAGUUCUUAUUAAUGUAUUAGGAAGGUUGCAGACUGAUGAAGAUCAGCCCCACGCGUACAUCCAGACAUUUGUCCUGAAGCCAAUUGGUACCAGCUUUUAUGUGCAGCACGACAUCUUCAGACUCGCAUUGCAUGACACAGCAGACGAGGACCCACCGCAUGCCUUCUCACAGUGUUUUGUGUUGAAGCCGAUGGGAAACUCAUACUAUUGUCAGCACGAUAUCUUUCGCCUUGGCAUUCAUGAUUCGGCAUGAACGAGGAUGAUCGGGCUGGUUUCCGCGACAAGUGUGUGAUCGACAGACGGGUUGCCGAGCGACGGAGACCCUGGAGAUCGCGAGCUAAUAAGUGAGCCACCUAAUCUCAUCGAUAACCCUCUCUCAUCACGAUCACAGAUCUAUCCCCAUUCUUUCUAGAUAAUAUCACGAGUUUUAUAUGAAGAGUAUCUUUCCGCAUAUAUCUUGGCCACAAAAAAAACAGAAAAAAAUCGGAAAACAUCACAAGAUAACAGUUUAAGUAGUUGCGUCGCUUUUCUUCGUACAUAUAAGUACGUUGUCUCGAAAAAACAAAUCUACAUUUCUUAAUUACGUAGCACAACACGCAUACAUACAGUACAUAUAUACAUACAGUACAUACACACAUAGAUGUUUCAUCGAUCGGGAGAGUUUGAUUUUUGACGGCAGGUAAUAUAUUUGCAUCACUACGCUUCAAAAUGUAUUGUAACAUAUUUUACAUUUAAUGCUGUGUAUUUUUGUAAUACAAAAAUGUUGGCCAUUAAAUAUACAAGAAUACGGAAUUAA